CUGCUUUUCUUCCUUCAAAGCUCUAAGCUAUGCUCUUGGAGCUCAGAAAGGAGAAAAACCAGGCCUUACGUUUCUAGCUUCAUUUUAGUGCUAUGCCUUGUAAUUUUCCAAGACUUGCAAAGAUGAUGAAGGAAAAUGUAGUUUCUGCUAAUGCUGGAGAGUUUAAUGGUCGACUCACGCGUGCUCGAGCAGCUGCGUUGUGUGUUUCUCGAGAGUUACCUCCUCUAAAGGCACCUACUCAACCAGAUCAGGGACGCGUUUUGCUAGCAAAUUUAAAACGAACAUCCUUAGACGAAAACAACACCAGUGCAGCUGAUAAGGCAGGUCAUCCAUCUAAGAAGAGAGCAGCGCUUCAGGAUGUCACGAAUGUUUGCUGCAACAAUUCAUAUAGGAAGUGCUUUAAUGCACCCAAAAUCCAGUCUAAGGGCAGUAAGCAGGCUAGAAAGGCACAGGCCAAUGCAUCCAAAGUGGCCCCAGAUGUAGCACCUCAAGUCCAGCAGACUGAAUCUGAGUUACAUAAAGAAGGCAUUCGAGAGACUGAAAUAAUAGAUCCUAAGUUAGAAGAAGUUACAAGCUCAGUUAAUGUUAGAGAAGAUGACGUACAUUACGACCGCCUUGCAAAUCAAAAUUCCGCAGUACCUUUACAACCACAAAGUCCUCUAACAAAUGUAGAGAAGGUUAGCUUUUCUGGGACCUCGACAACAUCUAGUGAUCCAGACUUUAAGGACAUUGAUUCGGAUAAGGACCCUCAAUUGUGCAGCCUCUAUGCACCAGAAAUCUAUAACAACUUGCGUGUUGCUGAGCUUGUUCGCAGGCCAUAUCCUUGUUUUAUGGAGUUGAUUCAGCAAGAUAUCACUGAAAGCAUGAGGGCAAUUUUGGUUGAUUGGCUUGUGGAGGUAUCCGAAGAAUAUAAGUUGGUCCCCGACACACUGUAUCUUACAGUGUAUCUAAUCGAUCGGUUUCUCUCCCGAGACUACAUCGAAAGAAAGAGACUUCAACUUCUUGGGAUCACCUGCAUGCUGAUAGCCUCCAAGUACGAAGAAAUAUGUGCACCUCGUGUGGAAGAGUUUUGCUUCAUCACAGAUAACACUUACGUUAGAGAGGAGGUGCUAAAAAUGGAGAGUCGAGUAUUGAAGUAUUUUGGUUUUCAACUAUUUGCACCUACUGCAAAAACUUUUCUCAGGAGAUUUGUGAGAGCUGCACACGCUUCUUACACGACCCCUAGUUUAGAACUGGAAAACCUGGCAAAUUAUCUAGCAGAACUGACACUAAUCGACUACGGUUUCUUAAAUUUCGCCCCUUCGAUGGUGGCUGCAUCAGCUGUAUUUCUUGCUAGAUGGACAUUGGAUCAAUCAUGCCAUCCAUGGAAUCCGACUCUCGAACACUACACCGCGUACAACGCAUCCGAUCUCAAAACCACGGUUUUCGCAUUGCAAGAUCUACAGUUGAACACCAACGGUUGUCCUCUAACUGCUAUCCGUGUGAAAUAUACACAACAAAAGUUCAAAUCGGUGGCGACGUUAACUUCUCCGAAACUGCUCGAAACACUAUUCCGAAACGGAAAAAGGCUACUUCCCAAUGACUCCAACGAGCUGUAAUGUUCAUAUUCCUACAUCUUCAUUCAUGUUCAGUACUAAUGCUUAGUAUUCCUCGAGAACUUGUCCAUAACGAACUCUCAGGUUUUGGUUUCUUCCAAAACUGUAUCUUUGUAAGGUUAACACCAAAUUUGUAAUAG